GAUCUCCGGUUUCUGUGUUUGUCAAAUUAUUUAGCUAACCUACGUUAGCAUGCUAGCUGGAAUGGUAACCAAAGGAAUGGUGAGCAGCUGUGCACUUUCCUUCGAAAAUUAAGGUGGGACACGCCUUAACAUUUAUUAAUAUUUAAAGGGACGUUUAUACAGUUCAAGCAAAUACGGCAGCGAAUGGCCCGGAGACUACUUGUCGUGGGACCUUCAUAAAAAGAGGGACAUCAGUCUGAACCUCUGAACGAGUGAUGAACUUAAACCCCUUCUGGAGCAUGUCUACCAAUACAAGUCGUAAGCAGAGAUCUGACAACGAGGAACAAAGCGGGCAUGGCGAGCAGAGGGCCAGUCCAGCCCGGAUGCCCUUCGGCAGAAAGCAGCUUCCGCCGAUUCCUAAGAAUGCAGCCCCUAUUACCAAGCCUUCCCCAAUGGGUGCUCCAAUCCAGUCUGCCAAUGGCACGCACGCCUCUUAUGGCCCUUUUUACUUGGAGUACUCUCUGCUGGCUGAGUUCACAUUAGUGAUAAAGCAGAAGCUCCCUGGAAUUUAUGUCCAGCCAUCCUACAAGUCUGCACUAAUGUGGUUUGGUGUCAUAUUCAUCAGACAUGGCUUGUACCAGGAUGGUGUCUUCAAGUUCACUGUGUAUAUUCCAGACAAUUAUCCAGAUGGGGAGUGUCCUAAAUUAGUAUUUGACAUACCAGUCUUCCAUCCACUUGUUGACCCUGUGUCUGGAGAGCUUGAUGUCAGAAGAGCUUUUACCAAAUGGAGACGGAAUCACAACCACAUCUGGCAAGUCCUGAUGUAUGCACGUACAGUUUUUUACAAGAUUAACACCACAGAACCACUCAACCCAGAGGCUGCUGUACUCUACGAGAAGGAUGUGCAGUUGUUCAAAAGCAAAGUGGUAGAUAGUGUGAAACUAUGCAACAGUCAUCUUUUUGAUCAGCCAAAGAUCGAUGAUCCCUACGCAAUAAGUUUUUCCCCAUGGAACCCAGCUGUGCAUGAAGAAGCAAAAGAGAGGAUGUUCACAUACAAGAGACGACCUGAGGAUCACCACAAGGCAUCUCAGGCAUCGGGUUUGUCUUGGGUAAAGCCUGGCUCGACACAGCCCUUCAGCAAAGAAGACAAUCCUCCCCAGAGCUGAACCUGCAAUGUCAAGAUAGUGGCCACUAGAGGGAGUCAGAAGCAUCAGAUUCCAUGCCACAGGCUUGCAUCAGCCAUCUGUGUGAAAGUGGAACCUUGGUAGUUGGCAACUUUAUAUUAGCUCUUCACAUUUAUUGCUUGGCUUUAAAAGCUUUUUUUAGGCCUUUCCUCAAAGAGUUUUAGAAAAAAGGAAACCAAGUUUGUAUCAUAUUUAAAUCAACAAUGACAAAUGGAUGCGUCAACAUCCUUUAGGGUAAGAUGCAAUCAAAGUACAUUCUCAUUUUCGUUUUCUUAUCCAUUCACAUAUUUAGUUACGUUAUGACAUACAGCUGUAAAAGGCUGUGGAAGAUGUGAGCGAAAUUAUUUUCAUUCUUAUUGUAAAUACAGUGGAUUGCAUAUCAAUACCACUUGUUCAAUUUGGCUCAGGACUGUUUAUUUGUAAGACUCGGAAUGUUUAAUCACAGCUGUGUCGGUGAAAAAAACCCUGUCACAUCCUUCUCUAUUACCAAGUUAGGUUGACAUUUGCUUUAUUUGUGUCUUAUUGGACAAUGAGUUUUUUUUUAUUUCCACUGUGUAAAUGGUUGUCUUACUUUGCUCCUAAUAUUUAUGUAAAGCAGAGUUGGCAAAUAUGGUUUUAAAUAAGAUUCUAAGUAAGUAAGCUUAUGUAUUUUGACAGAUUUCAAAUCAUUUUGAAUGUUUUAUAUAUAUAUAUAUAUAUCAUUGGUUAAAAGUUUGAUGUGUAAAUAUUGGAUUCCAUGCUGAGGUUUAAGAGACAUCUGCAUUGGUGCUCUGUAAGAG